AUGGCCAAAGGCUUAUUCCACAAAGCCAUCAUGGAGAGUGGAGUGGCCAUCAUCCCUUACCUGAAGGCCCAUGAUUAUGAGAAGAAUGAGGACCUGCAGGUGGUUGCACAUUUCUGUGGGCACAAUGCGUCAGACUCUGAGGACCUGCUGAGGUGCUUGAGGACAAAAUCCUCCAAGGAGCUGCUGACCCUCAGCCAGAAAACAAAGCCUUUCACUCGAGUGGCUGAUGGUGCUUUCUUUCCCAAUGAGCCUCUAGAUCUAUUGUCUCAGAAAGCAUUUAAAGCAAUUCCUUCCAUCACUGGAGUCAAUAACCAUGAGUGUGGCUUCCUGCUGCCUAUGGAGGCUCCUGAGAUCCUCAGUGGCUCCAAGUCCCUUACCCUCCAUCUGAUACAAAACAUCCUGCACAUCCCGCCUCAGUAUUUGCACCUUGUGGCUAAUGAAUACUUCCAUGACAAGCACUCCCUGGCUGAAAUCCGAGACAGUCUUCUGGACUUGCUUGGAGAUGUGUUCUUUGUGGUCCCUGCACUGAUCACAGCUCGAUAUCACCGAGAUGCUGGAGCACCUGUCUACUUCUAUGAGUUUCGGCACCGGCCCCAGUGCUUUGAAGACAUGAAGCCAGCUUUUGUCAAAGCUGUCCACGCUGAUGAAGUCCGCUUUGUGUUCGGUGGUGCCUUCCUGAAGGGUGACAUUGUUAUGUUCGAAGGAGCCACGGAGGAGGAGAAGCUGCUGAGCCGGAAGAUGAUGAAAUACUGGGCUACCUUUGCUCGAACUGGGAAUCCCAAUGGGGACGACUUGCCUCUGUGGCCAGCCUGUAAUCUGACCGAGCAGUACCUGCAGCUGGACUUGAACAUGAGCCUCGGACAGAGACUCAAAGAACCAGGAGUGGAGUUUUGGACCAGCAUCAUCCCCUGAUCCUGUCUGCCUCCGACACGCUCCACAGUCCUCUUUCCUCCUUGAUUUUCCUCUCUCUCCUCCAGCCUUUCUUUUCUCUUUUGUUCCUUGGGAAGUUAUCUUUCUGUGAUUUUGGUUUCCCUUCUCCUCCUACAUUUUUUCCCCGCAAUCAUUAGCUUCUUUCCGAGUUCAGCUGCUUUCUAUGGGGAUCUUUGCAGAACAAGCUGCUUUCACUGAUAUUUUACAGACUUAGGAAUGAUCCUUAUGGAAUUCUUUUCAACAUCAAAAAGUGCAAAUUGUC